AUGUCUCCUUCUAAGGAGCGCGCCGUGAGUCGCUGGGUGGAAGAUUCACUAUGCGAGUUAGAAGGUGGUGAGCUGGGGGAUGGUAUAGAUUCCCCGGGAAAGGAUUCGUCUUCUUCGUCCUCCCGCCGCCGCGCGUCCGGCACGCGGCGCGACGAGUACGGCGCGGACGGGGAUUACGACGAGCGAUCGAGCGGCAGCGGAAGGCGCGUGAAUCCGCGCGAGCGAGACGGGGGAGGGGGGUAUGAAGGCUCCCCGCGCACGCCCCCCCCGCGGUCGGCGUCCCGCGGCGGGGGGCGGAACGCGGACGAGGCGGUCACUCCGGGGAGGUCCCACCUCAGGCCGGUGGAUUCCGCUGGCCGCCCGCCCUCCCGCGGAGGGCCGGGGAGCCUUGAUCCGUCGCUGAGCGGGCGCGCGCGGAGCUUCGGGCGGCGCAGCUCGGCGGAAGGCGGAGCGGAAUUGCGCCCGCGCACGCCGUCCGGAGCGGAGCUGCUCGCGCGGCCGGGGACGGCGGAGGGGAGGCGCCCGCGGACGGCGGACGUGAACUCCGCGUAUGGGCGCCCGGGCGUCCCGCGGAGCAUGUCCACCGCGGAAGCCGCACUGGCAGGGCCGGGGGGGUCCCUGAAGGAGCGCGACCGGGGGGGGGAUGGCGGAAGGAUGCGCACAGUCCCCCGCUCCGCCUCCGAAGUUAUGCCUGAGGACCUGGGCGGAGGCGGAGGGGGCGGGGGCGGCGCGCGCAGGGCACCUCUGAGAUCCCCCAGUGGUAGUCUGCGGUCUAACUCGGUAUCUAAAGACUAUGAGGAUGAACGGGGCUGGAGCGGGGGCGGCGGGGGACAUGGGAGCCAGGACCGUCCGUAUACCUCGCAUGGGUAUGGGCGGCGGAGGGAGGAGUACGGGGGAGACGAGAGGGGGGGCGGAGGGGGGAGAUACGAAGGGGAGAAUCAUUUGAACGAGGAGCAUAGGCGAUUAGCUAUGGAGCUUGAGAGAGAAAGGGAGGAGAGGAGGAAGCUACAGGAGGAGUUGAAGAGAAUGGAGAGGGAGGUUAAGGAGAAGGAUGAUAGGAAGAGGACGGAUAAGGAGAGGAGGACGAUGGAGAAGGAGAGAUUAGUUGCUGACGUGGCGGCUUUGAAGCUGCCCGUGGACCGGAUUGCAGUGGAGGAAAAGAAACCUGCCCGGAGAGGAAUCUUCUCGGUUUUUUCCAGCCGCCCAAAAACGCCAGAUGUGGACAAAGCGGCGGGUGUAGCGCAGGGGAACACUGUAGCAGUGGUCCCGCAACCAUCACCAGGGGCUAGGCCACAAGGGAAUGCUGCAGGUGUGUGGAGUGUUGGGGGAGGGGGAAAUGGGGAGGGGGAUAAAGGGAGAGGGGAAGAGGGAAAUGGGGAGGGGGAUAAAGGGAGAGGGGAAGAGGGAAAUGGGGAGGGGGAGAGACGGAGAGAGUCAGGGGGAGGUGGAGGAGGGGGUGGGGGGAGGGGGAGGGGGAGAGGGGAAGGGGGACAGGGAGAAGGGGAGAGGGAAAGGGGGAUAAGGGGAGGGGAGAGGCGGAGAGGGGAAGGAGGACAGGGAGAGGGGGAUGGUAAGAGAGGGAGGGCAAGAGGCGGAGGAGAGGGAUGGGGUAUGCAUGCAUGUGCCAGUAGGACAUUAGAGGAUGUGCGGCGGGAGGUGGCGUGCCAGCAGGACAUAGAGGACGUGCGAAGGGAGGUGGCGGUGAUGGAGAUGCUCAAGGGGCAUCCCAGCAUCGUCAACCUGCGCAACGCGUUUGAGGACGCACAGGACGUGCAUCUGAUCAUGGAGCUGUGCGAGGGGGGCGAGCUCUUUGACCGCAUCAAGCUGCGGGGAAAGUUCCCGGAAGCCGACGCGGCGAGGGUGAUUCGCACUGUGGUGCUGGUGCUGCGGCACUGCCACGGGGCCGGCAUCAUGCACCGCGAUCUCAAGCCAGAAAAUAUUCUGCUGGUUUCAAACAACAGUGAUACGGACCUCAAAGUCAUUGACUGGGGUGUUGCUACCUUCUUUCAGAAAGGCAAGCCCUGCACAGACAUGGCAGGCAGCCCCUAUUAUCUCGCUCCAGAGGUUCUCGCCGAGAAAUACGGCCCAGAGGCGGACAUCUGGAGUGCGGGGGUGGUGCUGUACAUCCUGCUGUGCGGCCUGCCGCCCUUCUGGGGCACCACCAACGACGCCAUCUUUGAGGCCAUCAAGCAGGCCACUCUGAACCUCGUGAGGCCUCCGUGGCCGUCGAUCUCGGACGAGGCCAAGGAUCUUGUGGUCAGGAUGCUCACGCGGAACCCCAAGAAGAGGAUUACUGCUGAAGAGAUUCUUGAUCACCCGUGGAUUCGCGCCAACGCCAGCUGA